AUGGGGCAGCAGAAGACUCAGACGGCAGGGUGUGCGGCGUGCAAUCACAUGCACCACAGAUGUCUGCCGAAUUGCAUAUUCGCACCGUAUUUCCCGGGGACCAGCCCGUCGUUCGGCUACAUCAGUCAAGUCUACUCGUGCAACAAUAUCAAGAAGAUUCUAGAGAGCGCACCAGUCAAAAAGCGCAGGAGGAAGGCGGAGUCGUUGGCGUUCGAGGCGGAGGCCCGCAUACGUAACCCUGAGUUUACCUAUCAGCCACCGCUGGAACAGCAAUAUUGGCAUCAGAUGCCUCAGUUGACGACGAUGACAGCGCAGUCGUAUCAUGAGCAGCCUGACGAUUUUCCGACGCAGCCAGAUUUUCAGACGCAGUCAUAUCAUAAGCAGCCAGACGAUUUUCGGAUUCCACAUACGACUCAGAGUAUGUCGGAGAUGUGUCAGCUGCAGCAGCAUGACCAGUUGGCCGAGAUUGAGGACUUCCUCAACGAGACCCGUUCGGAUGAUCUGAUGACAGAUGCUGCAGUCCAAGCUUACGAAGCCGAUCUUAAGGACCUCGAUCAGAGUGAUCCCUUCGACACAAGAUGA